AUGCAACAGCUAUGGUUGCUCAAGUUGGGCUGGGACGAACCCCUGCCAGGAGGAUUCCAGACCAAAUGGGACAAAUUCAUGCUUGCGCUCUCAUCCUUAAGGCAAGUUCGAAUUCCAAGAUUUUUGGCAUUAGAAGAAUCCCUUGUGCAACUACAUGCCUUUUGUGACGCGUCUGAAGCCGGCUAUGCAACCUGCAUUUACAUCAGGACCGAUGAGCCACCACAUGACACGAACUUGGUAACAGCUCGUACCAGAGUAGCUCCGUUAAAGAAGAUCUCUCUGCCCCGACUUGAGCUCUGCGGAGCAGCUGUGUUGGCAGAUUUAGCGGAUUAUGUGACAAAGCAGCUUGAUCCAUACUAUAAUAUCUCUGGCAUUCACGCCUGGACUGAUUCUAAAAUUGUGCUCCAGUGGAUCCAGACCUCAUCUUACAAGCUGAAGACAUUUGUGGCAAAUCGGGUCUCCCAUAUACAAGAGCUGUUAUCCAAUGUAAUUUGGCAUCAUGUCCCUUCUAAGGACAACCCAGCCGACUGUGCGUCACGUGGACUUCUAGCGUCCGAACUCUUGAAUCACGAAAUCUGGUGGAAGGGGCCAACAUGGCUUCGAGAAGACUCCUCACAAUGGCCUGCAGUUGCGUUGCCGCAUGCGACUGACUCAGUCCCUGAGAGCAAGAAUCUUGCAGUACUACUGGUCUCCAAGCCAAUCCAAACCUUUUCUAAAUAUUCUUCAUGGACUAGGACUAAGCGAGUCUUGGCUCACAUCCUUCGCGCAAUCACUCCAAAGAAGUCACGAUGUGGAGGAGAGUUAACCAUGGGAGAAUUAAAGAGAGCUGAACUGCAGCUAUUCCGAAAGGUUCAAGAAGACUGCUUUCAGGAUGACUUACUCAAACUGAAGAAAAUUCAAGAUGGAGUGAACAUCUUGUGCGCUAAGCCGAUUCAAACUUUAAGUCCGUACUUGGAUGAAGAUGGCCUAAUAAGAGUGGGAGGUCGCCUUAAGAAUGCAGACCUCGCUGAAGGUGAACGGCACCCGAUCCUGUUAUCCGGGAAGCAUCACCUGACUCAGCUGCUUAUUCGCGAAUAUCAUAAGGAUCUCGACCAUCCUGGAACCCAAACUCUUCAAUCUCUCCUCACAAG